AUGCCUGUUCAGUCCCUCGAUCUCACUUACUGCCGUGACUCUCACUUGGUGUCACCCCGUCAUGAUGGCCGUUACACUCUGGUCAUCAACAAAGUUCUAAUUCCAACUGUCAUACUGCCAUGCCCCGAGAAAAUCAACAUCCGUUAUAUUCAGCGUUGGAGGCUUGUUAAUGAAAACCCUCAAGAAAACCAACCUGAACAUCCUAAUGAGCCGGUGGAUGAAAUGGAACAAGAGUUCAACCAAGCAGAUGCUGGUUUCAACCAACCUCCUCAAAAUAAUCCUCCGCCAAUUACUCUCGAUGCCAUUCGCGAUCAGAAUACCAAUCUUACUGAGGAUGUCGAUGACAUCGAAGAGAAUAAGCACACUAAGGUCAUUACUGAAAUAGGUACCAAUGUGAUAGACUUAGAUGAGUAUUCUGACGACGAGUUACUUUCCUCAUUGAAUCCUAGUGUAGCCAACAGGCUGAUGACUAGAAGAAAAGGCAAAGCUAUUUCCCAAAGUUUCCCUGAAAAGAAUGCAAAAGCUAAGAGCACUGUCAAAGACUCUAUCAAGAAGAAGAGUACUUCUGCUGGUCCUAUCAAGAGUAGAGUUGUGGCUAAGAGUGUAGGGGUUGGUCCCUCAAAGUCUUGGAGCAAGGUUGUUCCAAAGAAAAGAAAGGAGAGGGAAAUUGUUGAAUCUGAGUCUGAUGUUGAAGGGGAUGUCCCUAACAUUCCAUCAAGGAAGAAACCUACAACAAGCAAGCUUGCUGCAAGUAUUCCUGAAAUACCUAUUGAUAAUGUGUCAUUCCAUUAUGCCUCCAGUGCCAGCAGGUUGAAAUAUGUGCUCCAAAAGAGACUGGCUGUUGAAAGGGAGUUGACUCCAAAUGCUCUUGAGAACAAGGAAAUCUUAGAGCUAAUUCAAGAAGCUGGACUAUUAAAAACUGUGUGA